AUGUCGCAAGCGUCCCGCAACGAAGGUGUUUGUGCCAUCUUCAUUCAUGCUGGAGCGGGUUUCCACAGCCACGAGAAUGAGCACAAGCAUUUGAAGGCCUGUGAAGUAGCUUCGCUCAAGGCCAUGGCAUUCUUAAAGGGUGGUGGCACCGCCGUCGACGCCGUCGAAGCAGCGCUGAUGGUGCUUGAAGAUAAUCCGAUUACAAAUGCAGGGUUUGGGAGCAACUUAAACGCAAAGGGGGUGGUCGAGGGCGACGCCUCGAUUGUCGACCACCACGGGUUAAGUGGAGCAGCUGGAGCUGUGCCCAAUAUCAAGAAUCCGAUCAUGCUUGCUCGAAAGAUUUAUGACAAGUCCAAUGUGCAGAUGGGCAUGUCAAGGGUGCCACCGAACUUCUUGGUCGGAGAAGGUGCUAAGGAUUUUGCAUGGGAGAAUGGCAUGGUGAUCAUACCCUCGGAGGCCUUGAUCUCACCUGUCGCCCUAGAGCGUUAUCAGGUAUGGGCCGCAGAGGUUGAUGACUAUGAAAAUGAAACCAGCGGCGAAGUGUUCGAUCCCUGGAUUCGCCGGCCAGUGACUCCCCUUGACACUCGCCUGAAACGUCUCGAGCGUGCUUCUCAACCCGAAGCCCAUCCUACCAGCCAUGCAGCGGAUGAGGAAAUUAACACCCUGCCCAAUCCAAACCUUUUUGCAGAUGUGAAAGGGCGCCCGGCAUCAUCACUGGAGCAUGGAAAUCAGAAAAGGGCCAAGAUUUCAACUUCCCAUCUACCUGUGCAGCCACCUGCCUCACCUUUGUCCUCAUUUCGGGAUGGCAGCCCUGAUUCCCCCGAUAGUGAACAAGACGGGGAGCAUAUCACCACAGAGAGCUCAGAUGCUGCUGAUAGUGAACAAGACGGGGAAGACAGCAUCACUGACACUGUUGGCGCGAUUGCCAUUGACAAGUACGGGAACAUUGCAGCAGGAUCUUCUUCUGGUGGCAUUGGCAUGAAGCACCGAGGUCGGAUUGGACCUGCAGCCCUAAUUGGCAUUGGCACUCAUGUUAUUCCACAAGACCCAACUGAUCCAGAUGGAACCACUUGUGCAGUCGUUACAUCCGGGACUGGAGAGCUCAUUGCCUCAACACUGGCGGCAAGCACAUGCGCGCAAAGGAUGUAUUACAGUCAGAAGAUGGGCGACAACGGCGUUUUUACCCAGGUCAUGGAGGAAGAAGCUCUUAGGGGGUGGAUGAAAAGGGAGUUUAAUGAACACUCUGCCGUGAGUAACAGCAUUCUCUUUGGGGCCCUCGGAGUGGUCAUUGUGAAGAAAAACAAUUACGGCAUCGAACUCUACUUUGCCCACAACACCGACUCUUUCGCCAUUGCUUCCAUGUCCAGCAAUACGAGCAGACCAUCUUGUCUAAUGUCGCGAGGCACGCGAGGAACCAUUGCCCAGGGAGGUUGCCGAAUCAGGUUUCCAUAA